ACCCAUACAUUCCAAUUAGCCAACGGAGCAAAGAUGACCGUCUUCGCCAGCCCCUACACGCCCUCUAAACACGCCGGCUGGGGUUUCCAGUACAUCCCGACCGACACAUAUACCCCGGGCCGAACAACAACAUCUUACGACGGCCACGACUGGUCUAUCCAAAACGGGACCGACGUAGUCAUCACCCACGGCCCACCGCACGGCAUCCUUGACCGCACACAAGACGCCAAACGCGGCGGCAGCCAAGGCCUCUUCGCCGCCGUCGAGAAGGCGAGGCCUCGUCUCCAUUGCUUCGGCCAUAUCCACGAAGGCUGGGGUGCCCGCAUGGUCACAUGGCGGGAAGGGAGUCAAGGGACGACCAUCGCCAACCACAACGAAGAUGCUGCCCGCUGGCCGUCGCACUUUACCCAUAUUGACAACGACAAGUCUGUGACCAUCGGGAGUCUAACGGGGAUCCAAGCCGGCAAAUGGGACACGGAGGCCGAUAAAGAGGAGAAGAGGCAAAGGCUCAAGAGGUAUAGGGACCAACAAGCUUGCUUCACGAGUCACUGCUCUGGAGAUGGCCUGCCGCUCCAGGCGGGCAAACAAACGGUCUUUGUCAACGCUGCCAUUCAGGGUGAAUCGGACGAGGGGAUACAACUGCCCUGGGUCGUCGAUGUCGAACUCCCCAGGGCCUAGGUGGUGGAUUG